AUGCCCUAUAGAACAUCCCCCAUCGGUGGCAAGAUCCCCGUCACAGUCAAUCUUGAUGCCGUUAACAAUGGUUUUCGAGCUGACUACUUGACUUACUUCAUUAUCCAAAGACGCAAAAGGCGGACAAAGAGUCGAGCAACAGGUGAAGCAGAUGAACAAAAGCUUGUGCUUUUGGAAAGAUUCACCGCUGGCAGGUCGACUGCUACGCGUAGAAAUACGGAUGAGGAAGAAAGGACUUCCCCCUGUGACAGUGAUGCGUCUCUAGAGUCGUUGUUCGGAGAGAACUAUCUGCCAAGCCCAGACCCUGGCGUGUCAGUUUCUAUCUCUGAUGAUCUCAUGUUGCCAACCUUUCGGGUUCGAAAGGAUUAG